AUGCAAGAGAAGGUUUUAGAAAAAGUGCCUGAGCAGGAUCUAACUCAAGCCACAGAAAAUAAGCGACCUCCAACACCUUUCCCGCAGAGGUUGGUCAAAUAUCAUAAGGAUGAACAAUACAAAAAAUUCAUGGAAAUGCUGAAGCAAAUUCAGAUAAACAUUCCUCUAAUUGAUGCUUUGAGGGAGAUUCCUGGUUAUGCAAAAAUGAUGAAGGACUUGAUGUCUCGUAAGUUUGACUUACAAGACUUGGCAACUGUCACAUUGACACAGACUUGUAGUGCUGUUGUGUCAAGACCUAUAGCUGAGAAGUUAUCCGACCCUGGAAGCUUCACAAUUCCAUGCACCAUAGGUAACUAUGCAUUUGCCAAAGCAUUGUGUGAUUUGGGAGAAAGUAUAAAUCUGUUGCCAUUGUCUAUCUAUAAAAAGUUAGGCAUUGGAAGAGCAAGGCCCACAUCCAAGUUACUGCAACUAGCUGACCGAACGGUGAAAAUGCCAUCAGGUAUACUUGACGAUGUACUUGUGCAAGUUGGAAAAUUCAUAUUUCCAACAGAUUUUGUCAUUCUGGACUGCAAGGUUGAUGAGGAGAUUCCCAUAAUUUUGGGAAGGUCGUUCUUGGCCACAGGGAGAGCUCUAAUUUAUUGUGAAAUGGGGGAGCUGAAGAUGAGGCUGAAUAAUGAAGAAAUAACAUUUAAUGUGCAAAAGUCUAUGUGGCGACCCAGUGAGUUUGCAAAUUGCUAUUUCUUAGACACGGUGGAUGUAAUCAUGGAGGAAGAUGAUGAGACACUUAAUGCAAAAGACCCUCUAACAGGCUGCCUUAUGAACUUAGAAGAAGUAAAUGGUGAAGACUUGGCAGAAUGGGUGUUGGUUCUUCAAGGGCAAGGGGUAGAUUUCGAAAGAUUGAAGAAGAGGCUAGUGUCUGUACCUAUCAUAGUUGCAUCUGACUGGAGCAACCAUUUAAGCUGA